AUGCGCCUACCGACCAUCCCAAUGCAAUUGAGCCAAAAGCUCUCGAAUUGGUACUUGAUGGUCAAAGACUUGAGGAGUAGUGGGAAAUGGCAAGCAGUUCUCUGCCACUUUCAUGAAAUGCAGAAGGCUGGAGUUCAACUAGACCCUACAGUGUACCCUUCUAUUCUAAAAGCAUGUUCAAAUGUCUCUUUCAGCUAUGGAAAAUCAGUACAUGGGUGUUUGAUCAAAUUGGGAUUAGAAUCACACACUUCCAUCAGUAACUCCACCAUGGACUUUUACUCUAAGUACGGUUGCUUAAAUGAUGCUUUGGGUGUUUUCAGUUGCAUGAGGAGUAGAGACUCAGUUUCUUGGAAUAUCAUGGCUUAUGGGUAUCUUGAUCAGGGUGCUUUAGGAGAGGGAUUAUCGUGGUUUAAAAAGGCCAGGCUUGCUGGGUUUGAACCUAAUAAUUCUACCCUGGUGCUUGUUAUUCAGGCAUGUCGUACUCUUGGAGCAAAGAAAGAAGGGCAAACAAUGCAUGGUUAUGUUAUCCAUGGUGGGUUUUUGGCUAUUCAUUCAGUUCAAAACUCCUUGUUGAGCAUGUAUGCAGACGUCGACAUGGGUAGUGCUCGGAAGUUGUUCGAUGAAAUGCUUGAAAGAGACGUCAUCUCUUGGAGUGUGAUGAUCGGGGGUUAUGUGCAUGACGGGGAAUCUCAACUUGGCCUGCAGAUGUUUCUCAAGAUGUCAUCUGAGGAUGGAACUGAACCGGAUGGAGUCACUAUGGUUGGUGUUUUGAAGGCAUGUGCGGAUUUAGGGGACGCGACGAUGGGGACAUUGAUCCACGGGUUGGUCAUACGUAGAGGUUUGGAUUGUGAUCUGUUUGUUGGAAACUCUUUAAUUGAUAUGUAUUCCAAGUGCAGUGAUGCUGAUUCUGCUUUCAAGGUUUUCAAGGAGAUGCGUCGGAGAAAUAAUGUGUCAUGGAACUCCAUAAUAUCUGGAUUUGUCCUGAAUGAAAAGCAUUUGGAGGCUCUAUCAUUGUUUUAUUGUAUGGGAAAGGAUGGAAUUGAAGCAGAUGAGGUAUCGCUUGUUAAUAUUCUUCAAACAUGUAAGCAUUUUGUGGAUCCCUUGUCAUGCAAAUCAGUCCAUUGUGUAAUGAUACGGAGGGGAUAUGAGUCAAAUGAAAUGGUAAUGAACACUCUAAUAGAUGCUUACGCAAAAUGCAGUCUCACUGAGCCCGCAAGGAAACUUUUUAAUGGGAUCAAGAGAAAGGAUGUGAUUUUGUGGAGCACUAUGAUUGCAGGGUUCACCCACAGCGGCAGACCCGAUGAUGCAAUUGCUGUCUUUGAAGAGAUGCAACAUGCUCUACAGAAGCCCAAUGCAAUUACCAUUCUAAAUCUUCUAGAGGCGUGCUCAGUUUUAGCUGAAUUGAAGAGGUCAAUGUGGGCACAUGCGAUUGCAAUGAGACGAGGUUUGGCUGCAGAAGUAGCAGUUGGAACAGCAAUUGUUGACAUGUACUCGAAAUGUGGGGCAAUAGAAGCCUCUAGAAGGGCCUUUGACCAAAUUCUCGAGAAAAACAUCAUCUCAUGGUGUGCUAUGAUAGCUGCAUAUGGCAUGAAUAGUCUUGCGCGUGAAGCCUUAGCUUUGCAUGCUGAAACGAAACUGCAUGGUCUGAAGCCAAAUGCUGUGACCACUCUAUGUGUUUUGUCUGCCUGCAGCCACGGAGGCUUACUUGAGGAGGGUCUUUCCUUCUUCAACUCGAUGGCUCGAGAUCAUGGGGUUGAGCCUACACUGGAACAUUAUUCCUGCGUGGUAGACAUGUUGAGUCGAGCAGGAAACCUCAACUCUGCAAUGGACUUCAUAAAGAAAAUGCCCGAAGGAUUAGAGGCCGGUGCAAAUGCCUGGAGUGCAGUCUUAAGUGCUUGUCGAAGCUAUAGGAACAGCGAGCUCGGUUUGGAAGCCGCCUCUCGUGUGCUUGAGUUGGAGCCUUUGAACUCGACUGGCUAUUUACUGGCUUCUGGUAUGUAUGCUGCAGAUGGGUUUUGGGCUGAUGCUGCAAAUAUGAGAAGGUUGGGGAAGGAAAGAGGAGUGAAGGUUGUUGCUGGUUACAGUUUAGUACAUGUUGGUAACACAACUUGUAAAUUUGUUGCUGGAGAUUACUCUCAUUUAAAAGCCGGAGAUAUCCGCUUUAUGGUUGAGUUUUUGCAUAACUGUAUGAUGAUGGACAAGAGGAUUGAUUUGGUUGUCACCGAGUACUGAUUGAGAAGUCUUGUUUUCUCUGUGUUUAGUGCUGGUUGAAACUUGUAUUACGGAGACCCUUUUAGAUCAGGUCUCUGAGAUCAAUAGCCUCUAGUCAAUUUGGAAAAAGCCAGAGAA